CCACCCAUCCGCUACUCCGAGAGACUGGCGCGCCGCGGGGUCCUCCAAGAUGGCGGCGCAGAGGAGGAGCCUGCUCCAGAGUGAACAGCAGCCAAGCUGGACAGAUGACCUGCCGCUCUGUCACCUCUCCGGAGUUGGUUCAGCUUCCAACCGUAGCUACUCUGCUGAUGGCAAGGGUACUGAGAGCCACCCUCCGGAGGACAACUGGCUCAAGUUCAGAAGCGAAAACAACUGCUUCCUGUAUGGGGUCUUCAAUGGCUAUGAUGGCAACCGCGUGACCAACUUUGUGGCGCAGAGGCUCUCUGCAGAGCUCCUGCUGGGCCAGCUCCAUGCUGAACACACUGAGGCGGACGUGCGGCGGGUCCUGCUGCAGGCCUUCGAUGUGGUGGAGAGGAGCUUCCUGGAGUCUAUCGAUGAUGCCUUGGCUGAGAAAGCAAGCCUCCAGUCCCAGCUGCCAGAGGGUGUGCCCCAACACCAGUUGCCACCUCAGUAUCAGAAGAUCCUUGAGAGACUCAAGGCACUGGAGAGGGAGAUUUCGGGAGGGGCCAUGGCCGUUGUGGCAGUCCUUCUCAACAACAAGCUCUACGUUGCCAAUGUUGGUACGAACAGGGCCCUUCUGUGCAAAUCGACAGUGGAUGGGUUACAGGUUACACAGCUAAACAUGGACCACACCACCGAGAACGAGGACGAGCUCUUUCGUCUUUCGCAACUGGGUUUAGACGCAGGAAAGAUCAAGCAGGUGGGUGUCAUCUGUGGACAAGAGAGCACCAGGCGAAUUGGGGAUUACAAGGUCAAAUACGGCUACACUGACAUCGACCUGCUCAGCGCUGCCAAGUCCAAACCCAUCAUUGCAGAGCCGGAAAUCCACGGCGCACAGCCUCUGGAUGGCGUGACGGGCUUCCUGGUGCUGAUGUCGGAGGGGCUCUACAAGGCCCUGGAGGCAGCCCAUGGGCCUGGGCAGGCCAACCAGGAGAUUGCCGCGAUGAUUGACACCGAGUUUGCCAAGCAGACCUCCCUGGAUGCGGUUGCCCAGGCUGUGGUAGACCGUGUAAAGCGUAUCCACAGUGACACCUUUGCCAGUGGUGGGGAGCGUGCCAAGUUCUGCCCACGACAUGAAGACAUGACCCUGCUGGUGAGGAACUUCGGCUAUCCAUUGGGUGAGAUGAGCCAGCCUACACCAACCCCAGCCCCAGGGGGCCGUGUGUACCCUGUUUCUGUGCCCUACUCAAGUGCCCAGAGCACCAGCAAGACCAGUGUGACUCUGUCCCUCGUCAUGCCUUCUCAGGGCCAGAUGGUCAACGGUUCGCACAGUGCCUCCACCCUGGACGAAACCACUCCCACCCUCUCUAACCAGAGCCCCACUCUGACCCUACAGUCCACCAACACCCACACGCAGAGCAGCAGCUCCAGCUCUGACGGGGGCCUCUUCCGCUCCAGACCAGCCCACUCACUUCCACCUGGAGAAGAUGGUCGUGUCGAGCCCUAUGUGGACUUUGCUGAGUUUUACCGACUCUGGAGUGUGGACCACGGCGAGCAGAGCGUGAUGACGGCACCUUAGUCUAGCCUCAGAGUGCAGCCUUGGCACAGCUUUGUGUAGACACAGAGGGCCAGUGCCAAAGCAAGGCAAGCUUCUUGACCUGUGCAGGUGCCAUGGAACCAGCGGGCAGUGAGUCACUGAUGUGCUGCAGGUUCGACCCACAGCCCUUGGCUGCAGCCUGAGUACAGACUGCAUUGCUGGUCCACACAGGAUGCUGGAGUCCAGACCACAGGCAUCCUUAGCCAGGGCCAACUGGGAAAGCUGCAGGUGGCUUGUAGACAUCAAGAGUGCCUACUGACAUGUUCAGAGAAUAGCAAGAAGCUGUCCUGUGGACCCCAGCUACCGCAGGCCAGACAGACACGGCUCUCUUGAGACUGUUCGAGACUGUUGAGACCUGCCUCAACUUCCCUUGGAAUAGCUGUGGCCUCUGGGUUUACCUCUGGGUUGUUAUCCCUUCCCACUUUUCAGCCCAAACUCCUAGAUCCAGAGCAGAGAAUGAUGGGAGUGGGUGCCUGUCACUGGAUGUCACUGGAAAAGUCCAGGGAAGCAGAGGGGCCUGUAACUGCCACAGGGGAGCAGGACAGGAAGGACCAGAGAGAGCUGGCCAAGGAAUGUUAGUCCUGGGCUGCAGGUCAGCCAGCUGGCAGCUGAGCUAACUCAAGAGAGCUGGCUUCCCAACAGGGUGCAGAUGGUAGGCCAGGCCCACCCAGCAACCUAAGUGUAUGCUUGUGCUAGAUCCUGCCCUAGGGUGGGGCAAGCCUUCCUCCCAGCUGGUACUGGGAAGCUGGUGAUAGGGAGUGCUGAGGCCACAGCCUUCACUCAUGCUGACUGGAAGCUAGUUGGCCGGGCUCUGCUGAGAGGAGUGGAAGAGGGCUGUGGGAAGGACUAGGUUGAGUCUUGCCCACUUAGAAGACCAAGGGCAUCGGGUGAUGAUGCAGACAUGCAGGGGAAAGACUGUCGGUCAGGCCCUAACCAGGACCUGCUCACACAUGUUCUCUACCUCCAGACAGGAGGGUUACCACAGCUGCCUGCAGUGUGGCCGCCCCUAUGCUGAGGAGGAAGCAGGCCGGGUGCUCCCCUUACUGAGCUCUUCCACCAGGAUUGGAGUCCGAGCUCAAAUCUGCAGCCUCGUAUGCUGCUGGCAAAGGCUAGUUCAGAGCACUUCUCAGACUCCAUUUCCCUAAAGUGAUGCUGCUUGCUCAGUGCUGAGGAGAAACCCUGGGGUGGUGGGAAGAAGAAGCCUUCCUGCCCUCCGCUAGGAAGUCACCUCUGCCCUGCAGGCGAGCAGCUUCCAGCUGAUGCACAAAGACUUGGGACAAAGGAGGUCCUCCCCAAGGAAUGUGGUGCUGUUUGGUCUCUAGAAAUAGAACCAUAUUCUUAAUGCAGUAAA